CUGUAUCUGUCUCCCUCCCUCCCCCCGCCUCUCCCCCCCCCCCCCCCGCUCCGCUGGUUCGCCCCCGGCGGCCGCGUACACGCCCUGUGCCGGGCUGCAGGCGAGCGAUGCCGGCGGGGCAGACGGAGCCUGCAGCGGAGAGGGGCUCCGGCACUGGGGCGGCAAACUGCGCUGCCCGGGCCGGCUACCCAGCGCCGUUCACCGGGGGAGUUGCUUUGCUUCAAGACGCUGCUGCCUCCGAUGACUGAAUUUGCAAUGGAUGGGAAAGAAUUAAUUCUUCCUGAAUGCCCUGACCAUCGAAAAGAAAACUGCUCAAUGGUCAAUAACGGUGAGACGUUCUCUUCACCAGAUAGUCAAUCGUCGGAUGACGGGCGAUGUAACGUUAUUAGCGGCGGAGGGGCAGAAUACAAGAAGGAUGGCGCAGAAUACAAGAAGGAUGCAGCGGUGCGUUCAGUCGGCUCACUCUCACCGUCCAAAAAAGCACCGAGCGAUGACUUUUGGAUGGGUUCAGCUUCAUCGACGUAUUCCAUGGACAGUAAGAAAAGUAAAUUUGGCUUCCAAACGCCAAGUUCACAGAGUCAUAACACACAUACUGAAGAUGAAUGCGCCUCUCUCAUCCUGACCUGUCUGUUUUGCCGGUUUUACGAUUUUCUGCUCAUGCUACCUCACACAUGCGCACAUCUCUGGACCCGGACAUGUUGCUACGACUGCCACAAAUAUAGCACUGACGUGAACAACGGCACCUGUGAUUGUAACUGCAAGUGUGACUUUGACUGUGGUCUGUUUGACGCCUGUCAGGAAACCAGUGAGUGCUUGGAACUGGCUUUAGAAAUUUCUGAAGUUUGUUAUCGUUGAACGUUCUCAUGGACAUGAAAUCACUGUCUGGAUACCUAGUUGCACACUCCCCUUCUCUCUCUCUCCUAGAGCAAGUGCUACUUGCAACAACGAGGUCACCGUUGCAAGUAUAAACACUGAAUACAAGCAAUUUUUUCUGAAAAUAUCUAAAAUAAACCUGUGUUCCAGCUUUACUUAGUGUUCUAAAUUGUCUGUAUAUAUCAUAUAAUAACGCUGUAAUGCCAGAUCACUUUAUUUUCUCUGUCCUCAUCCCUUGGUAUGGUUAAGAAAACCACUGUGGUGAAUGACUGUUGGGGUGGCUAAUGUCGUGAAACUCUGUUCCAGUGUUAAUCCAUCUCCAAUAUCACCUCAUGUGGAUUGAGUAUGAUGAUUGAGUAUCAUCAGCUACUGUAGACUAGGGAAGACACUGGGUGCUACAGUCUGCCGUCAGAAGAAGGGUCUCGACCCGAAACGCCGCCUAUUCCUUUUCUCCAACGAUGCACCCUGACCCGCUGAGUUACUCCAACAUUUUGACGUCUAUCUUCGGUGCAAACCAGCAUCUGCAGUUCCUCCCCGCACACAUAGUCUACACUGUACGGACUGUAAAAGCACGAAGGAAAGUUGUGAAAAUUGAGUCAAUUGUUCUGAAUGUUGUGGUCUUUGCUUUCUUUAAUAACCACGAGGGGAUAAAUCUUUGGCUCCCAACCUUGGCUACAAAUUUUUAAGUAUUUAACAGCAUGUUUACAGAAAAUGAGACCACCGAUAAUGAAGUGGGACCACAAAUGGAAUGCGUUCAAAAUGGUUUGUGUGUAAAUUUGUUGGCGUCCUUCAUGUGGUGACUCUUGUAUACCUUGGGUAUGCCAAAGAAAGAAUAUUACUGUGACUUGUCCCACGUGACAAUAAAGUACCAUUCAUUCAUUCAUUCAUUUAUACUGUAUGCCUUGAUAUCGUAUGGAUAAUUUCUGGUUAGGAUAUUUCAGAUACUUAAGAAGUUAAAGGAAAGUUAUUGAUAGUUGAGCACUGAAUUUCAAAACAGAUUUUUUUUUAAUAUACUGCACUUAAAAUUACACAAGGGAAUAUUUGAGAAUUUAGAUGUCAUUUCAUAUUAAUGUGGCACAAGACAUGUAGAGUUUUCAACGGUAAAACUGAUGAAUAAUCAUACUUCUCUGACAUGUUGAUGCAAGUAUUCAAGAUCUUUGCAAGGAGUUUGGCUGUGUUAUCUUAUGCAUCUUUUUCUUUUAUCAUCAACUGUAUAAAUAAAGAUAUAGAUACUAUUGAACAUUA